AAGGCAGAAGCAAGAGGAGGAAGAAGAAAGAAAGAAAGAAAGAAAAGAAGCCAUGGCUAUCUGCAACAUCCCAGUGAUUGAUCUGGAAGAAUCUGCAGAAAAGCCACAGGAAGUGAAGAAGAAGCUGAGAGAGGCGUGUGAGGAAUGGGGAUGUUUCAGAGUGAAGACCCAUGGUGUGAGUUCAAGUUUAAUGGCGGAGAUGAAGAAGGUGGUGAGAUCUUUGCUUGAUCUUCCUCUGGAGAUUAAGAUGCGAAAUAGUGAUGUUAUUGCAGGAAGUGGGUAUAUGCCUCCAAGUGCAGCCAAUCCUCUUUAUGAAGGCUUAGGACUUUACGACAUGGCUUCUUCUCAAGCUAUCCAGGCUUUCUGUUCUCAAUUAGAUGCCUCACCCCACCAAAGGAAAGUGAUAGAGACGUAUGGGAAAGCAGUGAAUGAGGUGUUGAUGGAGAUAGCAGAGAAGAUGGGAGAGAGCUUGGGGUUAGAAGAAGGAAGAUGUGAACAUUAUUUCAAGGGAUGGGCAUGCCAGUUCAGGAUCAACAAGUACAGCUUCACACCACAAACUGUGGGGUUCUCAGGUGUACAGAUCCACACAGAUUGUGCCUUCCUCACCAUUCUGCAAGAUGAUGAACAGGUUGGAGGCCUUCAAGUCAUGAGCAAGUCUGGUUCCUUUGUGGAUGUCCCUCCCUGCCCUGGCAGCUUCCUCGCCAUUCUUGGUGAUAUUGCCCAUGUAUGGAGCAAUGGAAGGUUUGGGUCCGUGAAGCAUAGAGUAGAAUGUAAGGAGGCGAGUGUUAGGGUUUCAAUAGCUUCAUUUCUACUGGGGCCAAAGGAAGAAGAAGUACGAGCACCCCAAGAAUUGCUGGAUUCUGAUGAUCGCCCUCCUCUCUUUCUUCCAUUUGCUUAUGAAUAUUACAAGAAGCUCAGAUUAUCUAAGAACAUGCGUGCCGGUGAAGCCCUAGCCCUUCUACAUGCCCCUUCAAAUCUUGAAUCCUAACUAAUAAGAGGUUGGGUUUAGUGAAAAAAACUAGUCUCUCACAAUAUGAUGAACCAAGAUUCAAAUUCUCACUGAGAGAAAGUGUCUACAUUUAAUACUUCACAGUGCUUCAAACAAGAUUGCCUUUAAUAAAAAGAUACUUAUAAUCAUUUGUAUUCAAUAAUGCAGUUUAGAUACACAACUUCUUUUUAUUAAGUUAUGUAGUAGAAUCUAAUCUUUACUUUUCUCUA